AUGUGCUUGAACGACAAGGCCGGCCUGGACAAGUCGUCGUUGUGUCAAAAUUGUAGCCCUUUCUUCGACAGCUGCAAGAAGAACUGCCAGGAGACAAAAUUGGAGAGCCUGACCCUGCCUUGGGGCUCCACGGUGGAAGCCGACGACGAGGGAGAGGGCUGGGUCAAGGUCAACGCUCACGGCUACAUGGCCCUCAUCACCGAGUGCAGCCUGGCCGCAUUGCGACCAAGGCGCGUUUGCAUCGGGGUGCAGGGCUCAGGGGUAAAGUUGCCCUCCUCUCACACCUCCUUUGCUUUGGAGCUUCGGAUUCAGGACGUGACUGGUGCUCUUCUGAUGACUGCUGCAUCCGCCUAUUGCGACCGGGUGCUGGAGGGCUGGUGGAAGCUUGUUGCGAGCGAGACGUGGCACUGGAUCAUCAGCCUGGACGGCAAAAGCUCGAGCUGGGUCAUCUCUGAGACCAAGAAGUUCUGGAAGCUCAGGGACGGCAAGGUGGUGCAGAAAGCUUCCCUUGGGAAGAAGUGGCAGUGGUCAGAUCGGCCGCCACAGUCGGUGUCUCCAAGCUCGGUUCCUUCAGCCUGCCCCUCCCCUGAGCUUAGCUUUCAGCUUCCGCCCAGCUACUCGGGCAAGGCCCGGCUGGGGGUGAUCAUUCGUGGCAUGGGAGGCGCCAGCUGGGGCCGGGCGGUGGCGGAAGAGCCCAGCUGCUGGCACCUGGACACAGGGCACAUGGCCAAGAAGUGUGCGGAGAACCUGCUGUGGCGAUGGGAUGAUGCCUUAGAGCUUGAGCUGGAGUUGGCAGGGCUUCCAGAUGAUGAGGCCGCCUCACUCUGGGAGGGCUUGCCCCAGGCCAUGCUGCUGCACUGCUGCGGCUACCUCUCCCUGCGUAGCGCGCUGCCGGUGGCGGCGACCUGCCGACGCUACACGGAGCACUUGGCGAAGGCCGUGCCCGUGGAACUGCCGCCCCCGCAGGUGGACGCUUUGCUGGAGUUCUGCUUGCUUCAAGUUCUCCUUGGCUUCGACGAGGAGCGGCUGCCAUUGCCAGUGACGGCGAUCUACGCGGAGAUGCGGGGGGCAGCCAAGCGCGCGGUGGUCAAUGCGGAGGCCCGACUUCGUCUGGAGUCAACGGUGCUGCAAACGGUGGGUCGCAGUUGCAAAGCGCAACAGAAGGACCUGCUGGAUGGUUUUGCAGACGGCCGGAGCCACCCGCAUCACGUGUCCUGGAUGCCGGAUGUGAAGAGCUCCUGCCACCGCAGCCUGGAGCGAAUGGCCAAGCACUUCCACAGCACCAACCUCAUCGAGGUGACAAAGCAACGCUGGCACAAGCGGAUCCACCACAGUCCCAACACGCGGACCUGCACCGAACUUCUGCUCAUCGGCGUCAAUCGGACGCACCCACUUUUCCAAGAGCAUGAGGCUUGGGCACUCCACACCGAGCCGGGGACCCGACGCGAACCGGGAGCCCUUGGACUCGUUGAGUGCCUCGGCGCAAGUCCAAUCUUCCCUGACUGGGUGAAUUGGUGGAGCAGCGGCGAAGCUUGA